GAGAGGAGAGAGAGAGGGAGACAAGGGGGAAUGAGAGAGAGUGUGUGAAAGAGAGAGAGAGAGUGAAAUAAAGAGGAGAAAAAGGAGAGAGAGAGCGAGAGAGAGAGGAGCUGAUUGCUUCUUACAUUGACGAACGCAACACACACAACACACACACACUCUGAGAGGACUCCCAACACAACACACUUUGCUGGAUCCUGGAGCUUGGAGCUUAGUAUCGGAGUGUGUGUGUACUGUGGUACCGCUGUGUGUGUGAGGGUGAGAGAAGAGUGUCUUUCUAAGGAUACCCUGAUGAAAAACGGAGCCGGGUUUUCAGGCAGAGCCCCCUGUGUGAUCCUCCGCAUAUCUACCCUGGGGGACCCACCGCGCACCGCCUCCGCCUGUCAUCUCCACGACAACUAGAAUGGGCUGCAAUUUGUGCACUUUACAGAAACGGGAGGAACACUACAAGCUGCUGUAUGAGAUUGCACAGGUGAAUGGCAGGGACUACUCCAAGGCCAGCCAUGACGAGGUGGUGGAGGUCAUCAGGAGAGACCCCAUCGUGGUGCAGGUCGUCCGUCGCCAUGGCAACCCCGCCCACUCACACCAAACAUUACAGGAAGUUCACGUGGUGGACGUGUGCACGCAGACGGACAUCACUUUUGAACACAUCAUGGCCCUGGCUAAGCUGAGGCCUGCUACUCCACCUGUACCCGACAUCUGCCCCUUUCUGCUGUCAGACAGCUGUCACUCCAUCCACACAAUGGAGCAUGAAUUCUACGAGUGUCCAGAGUACCUCUCCAACACCCCAGUUGAAGUGGACAGGCCAGAGGAGUUUGAGUAUGAGCAGGUAGAGCUCUGUCGACUCAACAGUCAGGAGAAGUUGGGUCUGACGCUGUGCUAUCGGACUGACGAUGAAGAGGAUACAGCUAUCUACGUCAGCCACGUUGGACCCAACAGCAUCGCUGCCAGGGACGGGCGCAUUAGGGAAGGAGAUCGAAUAUUACAGAUCAACGGCUGUGACGUACAGGACAGGCAGGAAGCUUUCACUCUUCUGUCCAAUGAGGAGUCCAGGAGUAUCGUUCUCCUGGUGACCAGACCAGAGGAGGCGUGGCUGGAUGAGGAGCACAAUGAACUCCUGGAGGAGCUGAAGAUGGAGAUCCUUGAGGAGAGGAGGAACGAGGAGGUGCAGAAGACAGGAGGAGGAGAGGAGCAGGCCAAGCAGCUGGAGGAAGAUGACGUCAUGACAGACACAGCCACGUGUUCCUCCAAUACUCAGGACAAAGACAGCGGCUUGGGGACGGGGCGCAACGAGGAGAGCUCCGAACAGGAAGUCCUCCUAGCCCGUGUCCACCGGAGGCCUGCCCAGGGCCUGAGAGACCGAUGGAGGGCCAAGCAUGGCCAGGGGCUGGGCAGGAGGGUGGUGGUGCCCUCGGACACCCAGGGACCCAGGGGUCUGAUCCAAGCCCAGAAGGGUGAGGGCGGAGUGGGGUUAGGACUGGAGUGUGACAGCCGCUUCCAGCAGCUCCUGGAGCUCAAGUGCCAGAUCCGUAACAGCGGGGAGUGUGGUGUGUACUAUAGCAGGAGAAGCACCAUCGAGUGCAGCCUGACGGAGCAGAGCGGGGUGGGGGUCAGUGGUGGUGGAGGGAUGGAACAAGAGCUGCGGAUGUUGAACGAGGAGCUGAGGAGUAUCGAGCUGGAGUGUCAGAGCAUCAUGCAGGCCCACCAGCUCCGCAAGAACCAGAGGGAUCCCCCCUGCACCCCUAUGUGCUCCCCAGGACGAAGCCCCAAACAUGGGCGUGAGCAGCAUGCCAAGCUGGCCGAUAUCAACGAGCAUCCAGGGGAGAGGCAGUGGGACAGCGACAAGCUAAGAGGGGACAAGGACAGCUCCAGUGCCUAUAACACGGCUGAGAGCGCCAGGUCCACUCCUCUAGGCAUGGAGAGAUCCCCGGACCACUCUCUACAGAGACGCAUCAGCCUCACCAACCAGAAGAACCUCCGGAGCACCAUGGCAGCCUCCGGCCAGUCCAUCUCCAUCCACAUCCCAGACAGAGAGCUCCUGAGUGAGACCUCGACCGGGACCCCUACGCACAGCCGACAGGAUCCCAACCCCAGCCCUGGAACCACGGUCAUCUCCAGCAGCCCCGACCAGUCCAACCCUUCCCCCUCCGAGUCAGACCCGGCCCUGCCUGCAGACGACGAGCGCUGCGACCGCACCAGGAGCCACCGGGGGCCACGCAGGGUCCCUCCCUACCCGUCCCCUUACCACACAGCCCCCCAGCAGGGGCAGGGCGCUUCUCCAGCCCACGCCAGACACCUUCAGAGCUACAUGCAGCAGCUCCUCCAGCAGGCCUCCAGUCUGGAGACCUACUCCCAGUCCCAGCUCAGCCUCCUCAGCGUCUGCCGGGACCGCUCCACCCGCCCAGGGGAACCACGCCUCGAGUGGAAGGUCAAAGUUCGAGCCGACGGGACGAAGUAUGUAGCCCGGCGACCAGCGAGGGACCGGAUUCUACGCGAACGGGCUCUGAGGAUCAGGGAGGAGCGUAGUGGAGGGAUGACCACGGACGACGACACUAUGUCUGAGAUGAAGAUGGGGCGGUACUGGAGUAAAGAGGAGAGGAAGCAGCAGUUGGCCAGAGCCAGGGAGCAGAGGAGGAGGAGGGAGUACAUGCAGAGGAACCGGCUAGAGUGUCUCAGAGAGGGCCCUGGGAGCGGGGCCGAGGGCCGUAAAGAGGUCAACAUCCUGGAACUCAGCCACAAGAAGAUGAUGAAGAAACGCAACAAGAAGAUCCUGGAUAACUGGAUGACCAUCCAGGAACUAAUGAGUCACGGGGCCAGAGCACCUGAGGACCAGGGGACUAAACCAGUACACAAUGCCUUCCUGUCUGUUACUACAGUAUAGGACCACAGCGCCGGGUAGAAGUUACCCUGUACACACAGAUCUAGGAUCAUUUAAAACUACCCGGGUCGGGCGUUAACCAUUUGGACGAUAAUGCAAAACUGACCUCAGAGCAGUGUCUAGGGACAACCUUGCCCCAUCUCUCUCUCUCUCUCAUCGCGUCCAUGCGGUAUGACCUUACUUGCCUCGUUCAAUGUGGCAUUUUUUAUAAUGGGGAAAAUCCUAUAUUUUUCACACUUUAUAAACUCAAUAACGUUUUGUAAAAUGAUUUUUUUUACACUGGUUGUCGAUGUACUUUGAAAUGUUUUCUGCCGUGGCUCAUUUAUGCUGUCAUCAAACAUGUUUCUAUGAUAAUCAGAAUUCUCUGUAAACCACAUCAUCAUGGAAGUCAACGACAUCGUUGUACGCUGUCCUGUUUGCAUUGUUUAUCCAGCAUGGCAGUGGUUAACUAGUGGUCAGAAAGGUUCCAUACACCUGAGAACAGACACUUGACUCGUGUGCAGAAUCCUCCUUGUCUUUUACUGAGUAUCGACCAUAUAACUGCACAACCCUCUCAGACCCAUUCAAUAUGCCAAGCUGGACACCACGAAAUCUCUGAAGGAGCUUUCAUCAUUUCUGAAAAUGUCAACUCGGAGUUCUCUUGGAAAAUUCAAAAGUCCUGAGAAUGUCAAUAAUUCAGUGGUGUCUCAGAGGCUUUCAGUUUCUCCGUUUAAAGCAAUCGUGAAGGAAAGGUUCACAACAGUUUUGCCCCAACAUCUCAUUGAAGGAAAGGUUCACAACAGUUUUGCCCCAACAUCUCAUUGAAGGAAAGGUUCACAACAGUUUUGCCCCAACAUCUCAUUGAAGGAAAGGUUCACAACAGUUUUGCCCCAACAUCUCAUUGAAGGAAAGGUUCACAACAGUUUUGGCCCAACAUCUCAUUGAAGGAAAGGUUCACAACAGUUUUGGCCCAACAUCUCAUUGAAGGAAAGGUUCACAACAGUUUUGCCCCAACAUCUCAUUGCAAAAGUGAUCUCAAUGCUUCUCAUCAAUGGUAAAUCAGUCUCACUAAUGAAAACAGUGAAUUGCUUACUGAUUAAAUCAUUAAUUGAAGUGAUUUGAUUGCUCCAUGAAUACAUUAAAUGUAAUUUAUGAAUACAAAACAUAUUUAUUAUUUUGUAUUGCUUAUUUAGAAGUAUUGUACAUGUAUUAGUGUUUCUGCAUAUUUUCGGACCUGUCUGAAGAUCUCUUUGUAUUGUCAAAAAUAACACAUGAUAUUGUCUCUAACGUAUUAUACUUCACCUAACAGUCCUUUCUGGCAUUUGGUGGUGCUUCAAACGGACGCUUUCAUUGUACACUGUUCUUCUAUCUUUGCUCAGUGUUUAUUGUCUUAUUUCAAGUAAUCGGUAGUUGGUAACUUCAUAGGCAGGUCAAUGUGUGCUAAUUGUGAUAUUUGCAAAGGAAAUGUUAAUAAAUGAUUGUUUAUCUUUAUGAAACA